AUGGUACAUGUGAGUAAUAUGGAACUAAGAUCACGUUCAUUCUGGAUCGAGGUGAUCGCAGAAUUAUUAGUCACUCUUUUGUUCUUGUUCAUGGUUUGUGGAACCGUUUUGCCGUGGAACAACUCCUCUCCGUCCAUUAUCCACAUUGCUUUUAGCCACGGACUGAGCAUUGCAACCUUAGUACUGACAAUUCAACAUGUUUCUGGAGGACAACUCAAUCCAGCGGUGACAAUCUGUAUGCUAGCAGUUGGAAGAGUUUCAGUGUUAAAGGCUGUCUCCUUCAUAGCCGCUCAGUGCAUUGGAGGUAAGUAUCCCUUUAACACCGAGGAAAAAACUCUGUUACUUUUCACGAGCAUAGAUCUGACAUGAAAAAGAGCAGUUAUGUAACAGCUUUCGAUUAAAAGUUCACCAGCCGGCGUCUAAAACUCUUAAGUGUGGCUACCGUUUAAAUCUUCAAUGGGUCACAUUUCUAAGCCCAGCCAGAAUAGCACUGCAGUACAGUUUUUAAUUUGUCCCUAGAUGACCUAGAAGAGACGGGUUAUAAGCAACUAGAGUAGGGCUACUGCCCGGCUACUGCUUGAGUUUAUUAAUUAGGUUUUCCUUAAGUUAAUUACAUUUGGCUGAGAAAGACCAAAGGUACUGUUCAUUUUUAAUGCAACAUUGAACAAAAUCACACCAGGGAAGAGCUCUUUCUUGCACCUCAUGUCUCUUCAGUUUUUUAGAUGAACUUGUUACGCUGAUAGGCAAAUAAACUGCUGAAUAGCUGCUGACUCAUGGUCUUCUCUCACUCACUUUCAUCUUAAUGUUAUCUUAUCUCCUUAAUUUGCGAAAAUAAGCAAAUUAACACCAUGACACAGGAAACUUUUUGGUAUGCAUCUCCGGCAGAGUGUUCUGUGAUGCAUGCUGCUUAUUUCGUUCCACAAGGGUUAGCAUGACUGUAAAUUAAAAUUGAAAUAAUGAGAUGAUGUGUACACUGUUCUGUUUUUCUUCCUUUUUUUUUUCAAAAAGUUGAACUCUUGCAACCACAAAGGUCAGCAAGACGUUAAUAUCUCAAGUAAAAUGAAAGAAAAACAAAAUAAAAUACCGUGUCAUAUAACUACUUGAUAUAUUAACAUAGUAAUAAUGAAAACCAGUCAAUUGCUUUUGUUCUUAAAUAUAUUCCACCAGUCUGAUAUUAAAAAUACAAUAGAAACUGGGACUAACUAAAGUGGUUUCUUUUUUAGAUAAUCAUUUGUCAGUAUCUGUAUUUGACAAUUUCCAAGGCAAAAAAAGAAAAACAUCUAACCAAUGACUUGGUUUACAAUCCCAGAAAAACAAAAUGAAUAAAAUCAUUAAAUAAGUCAAGUGUGUGCCCGUGAAAACCGGUUUAAACCUUGACGGAGAAGGAACUGAGUAUGCAAUACUCGCUACCAAUGCAAAUUAUAGGUUGUAAAUAGUUUCCGUAGUUGUAGCUACUUUUUCGGCUGCGUACCAGAAACACCGUAAAUGCUUUAUGCUUUUGACUACCAACCAAGUUUCAAUGACCGAAAAAAAUGGUCGUUUUGAGGACGCUUAGUUUUGGAAGUAAAUGACAGUUAAUUCAAUAAAAACAGUGUACUUGAUAUCGUAUUUAACCCGCAAGAGGAGAAAGGAGAGGUCAUUUCCGCAAUUUUCUUUUUAAAGAAUUUAUUGUUUCAUAAGAUGACGAUACCUCGUUAGCAAGACAACAUUUGUAUGGUGUGCAAAGGUAGUGUUAUUAUCGUGACUCCACUUUGUCUUAAGGGUUCAAGGAUUUUGCCGUCCCACCGUUACUUUCCGAAGGUACGACAUUAACCGUCUACAGUCUUUCCACCGCUUGUGUGUGUGUUUUUUUAAACAAUAUUUAUCCAGGGGUAUUCAAUUUAGCGGAGCUAGUUUAAAUGGAGCCCUGAAACAACACAAAAACGAAGACAUUAAAACAUUAAAACUAGAAAAUUAAUUAAGUUACAAAGGCAACAUGUACCGCAGGCGCUACUUUUUAAAAUGGCGCUUUAGCUCGAUUUUAAAUUCGCUCAGCGUCUCUACUUGUCUAAUGAUUCUCGGUAGGGUGUUGUAGGUCCGAGCACCGUUUAUUCUGAAGCUACCUUGGUGUUUAGGUAGUUUUUUCGAAGGAGGGUGCAGCAAAUCACGGCUUCUGGUGUUUUUGCCAUGAAAAAGGUGCGCGAGCCUAAACUCUGAAAGUAAGCACGAAGGCGCUAUUCCGUGAAGACACUUAUGGACUAAGUGCAAGCUGGAAGCUGGAAAUUGGCUGAACCAUUUGUAUUUGCAUUCUUCAUUAACUCUGCGGAAAAAGGCGAUCUCUCUCAGAGUCUUCAGCCGUCGUUAUACACCGAGUACACUGUCUUCUCGUACCAAAUAACGAAAUACAGUAGAGUUAAACAAUAGGCGGCAAUUCCAUGUUGAUCAGUGUGGUUUCGUCUUUCCCAUCAAGCAAGUCAGUUCCUGAACAAAUGACUAAAUCGAAUCAGCAUUUGAGAUUGUGGUAAGUCGAUCAUACUCAAACGUCUAAUGAACUAAAAAAAUCUUUGUAUUUUUAUUUUUCCAGCUAUCUGCGGAGCGGCCAUAGUUUACAGCAUCACUCCUAGUAACUCUAUUGGCUCGUUAGGAGUCACAGCCCCUGCAAACGGUAUCAGUACCGCCCAAGCAUUUGUGGUGGAGCUUGUUCUUACUUUUAUAUUGGUGUUCGUGGUUUUUGCUGCCACUGAUCCCGGUAGAGGCUUGACAGGUUAUGGAGUACCGCUGGCCAUAGGAAUUUGCGUGUUCAUCUGUCUUAUGCAUGGGGUAGGGUUACUUGCAACAAAUGUUAGUUUGAAAGCCUACGAAAGUGAUGGUCUUUCCGGACCUUGUUUGGUCUCAGUGUUUGUCAUUUCUACCAAAUUCGUCUUCGCGAUUGCAUUUCCUGGACACAGGGACAAAACAGACGAGAAAGCAACAGAAAAGCGAUGCUUAGAGUUACCCUUGACGGACUGUGUAAAUUGUACAAACCUUUGAGACGUAUUGGAAUCAAAGAGGAUCAAAGCAAAUAAGGGUUCAGUUUGGUUACAAUGAAGUUACAAAUCUACUUUUACUGCAAGUGCAUGCAAUAAAGGAUAUAGAAAAUUACCGAAGAAAAUGAAAAAUUGUGUUUUGUUUUCCUCUGAGAAGGAUUACUUGAUACCUUUCUUUCAGAGUUCCUUGUACAAUAAAUAAAUAAAUAAAUACGUAAAAAAAUAAAUAACUGGGGAUAUUUGUUUUACUUUUCAACUGAGUUUUGGUUUAAAAAUGCGGAACUCUCCACGACGUUGUUUAAAGGGUGGUAACGCCCUCCCCUAGAUAAAUCUCAGACGAUACAGCUACAAUAUGGGCUCGUUUAUAGUUCUUGUUUCUUUCUAAUGAGAGAUGUACUUUUUUCUUGAAUCUUUCACUUUUAGAUCCCUUCCUCUGGAGCUAGUAUGAAUCCAGCGCGUUCUCUUGGUCCUGCUGUCGUCAUGAACUCGUGGAAAGACCACUGGGUAAGAUGUGCAUCUGUAAGUUCAGAAUUUGUAGUGUGUGCAUUUGCAAGGACGGUCCCCUACAAUAGUUCCCUCUUUUCACCUUUGCAGCAACGGGGAGUUUUCUAUAACUCCGUUUAAAACAGUUUUGGGUAUUGUUGUUACGUUUUUUUCAAGUCCUUCUCCCUUUUAUCCAAUCGAUGUUGUGGAGAAGUUGUGUUUGGAACUCGUGAUGGUAUUUUUUUGUCGUUUUCCCUUGCAACCGUUUUUCUCUCGUCACGCAACGCUUCUCAGUUUGUUGGGGAGGAGCAUUGAGUCACGAGACAAAAACGGCUGCAAGGGAGACUGGAGGUCGGAUUCAUUAAAGUUCGAUCAACACUGCGAGUCAAACCUUAAUACAGACAUCAAAGCGACGGAGUUGAGUGUCCGAAUUACAGGUGUCUGUGUUACAGUAAGACCUCAUAAGGUACAUCAGAAGUCAGUGUUCGCAUUACAGAAGGGUCUGUCACUUUGGAUCCUCCCUCCUCUCCUUCCGUCCAGCGGAGUAAGAGAAGGCAUAGAUCGGGUAUGUCCAGCCUUCGUAUAGGUGUAUUCUUUCCCUGACCUUCCUUGAGGGGGUAUUUAUCAUAAAGGGAAAAUUAACCCUCCUUAAUACGGACACUAUAAAGGGACGUCAGAGCCAAGUGUCUGCCGCAUUACAGAGGUGUCUGCAUUGUAGAGUUGGCGAAUUGUCAUGAAGUGUGGCAUCCCGGAGACAAGUUGACAAAUCAAAGAAAACCAUCCGUACUAAAAAGAUUUCUAUAAGGAAAAGUUUAACUGUACCAGUUUGUUACUAAAGUUUAUUUUCUGUAUUACAUUUCAGAUAUACUGGGUUGCUCCAAUUACUGGUGGUCUUUUGGCAACAACCACUUAUCAAUUUCUAUUCAAAGCGCGAAAAAUGACCAGCAACAACAACAUUAACCAAGAAAAUGAACUUUACGCCGUGGAAGUGAAGGACAACAACGAAUCUAAAUCCCUUGUUUCCUCUUCAUAAAAGCCGUUGUCCUACAGAUAAUGCUGCAAUUGAUCUGCAUUAACCAUUACCUUUGAUAUGGCCUGCCGUCACGGUCCCAGAGUCGCCCCGGAGCGCUUGCUCAGUCGCAGGCUACAUCAAGACGGCUUUUUAUUACCUUUUCAUUCUAUUUGCAAAUACUAUCUUGACAUAUCUAAUUAUUAAUUGUACUUACUACAUGGAGUGAAAGAGCCUGGGUUAAAAAACAUAGGUCCUCAUUUACUGAGCAUACAUGGUAAAAUCAUCCACAAAAAUACUUAGGAUUACCCAUCACGUUAAAUACCAGACUGAAGAGCACUUUAAGAAAACAAGACUUUGGGAGUAACUUCAAACAGACUCUCACACAGCUUUGCGUUUGUUGCCAUGAUACGUUCUAGUUUACUGUUGCAGUUUGUAUUUACUGGAAAUAAAGACAAUGUUCUUUUGAGGCCGAAAUUUGAAGAACUACAAGAUAAGCGCUCACUUCAAAUUAGCGCCCCUCUCUCAGCUCAAAAAAUUAAAUAAACGCCGGCGUUAAUUCAAGCAUCUACGGUAUGUGCCGUUUAUGCAAUAUUUGUAGUCAUAGGUGAACCUAAAAGUUGGG